AUGGCUGAAAUGUGGAAGUUGGUUGCUCUCCAAAUUGUUUUUCCUCUAAUUAUAGUUGUUUUCUCUGUGUUGUUGAAUUUGAGAAGGAAAGGAAAGAGAAAUGAUGGUGCAGGGAUGGUGGUGCCAGGAAACACAGGAUUCCCCUUUGUUGGGGAAACUCUUUCAUUAUUCUCAUCAAUGAAAAGCCCAACAGGAGUCCAAAGCUUCACAGAGAAAAGAGCCAAAUUGUAUGGAAGAACCUUUAUGACCAACAUUCUUGGGAAUAACAGGGUGUUUACAUCAGAAAGAGAAGCAGUGAAAUUUAUAUGGUCAUCAGAGAACGCUUUGUUCAGAUUUGCAGGUGCCAAAUCAACUGAAGAUAUGUUUGGGAAAAACAGUUUGUUUUAUGUAGGAGCAGAUGUUCAUAAGAAAAUGAGGAAGUUGGUGGGAGAGCCACUGUCAAAAGAUAUUCUGAAGAAGAAUUUUGAGCAAAUGGAAGCCAUCUGUCUUGAUAUUCUUGAUGGGUGGUCAGGGAAAACAGUCUCUGCCAUGGAUGGCACUUCAAGUUUUGCAUUUCAAAUCAUAAGCUACAUAACAGCAAGCAUAUCCAAAGGGCCAGAACUCUCUCUUUUACAUAAGAGAUUUACUGAUAUCAUAAAGGCAAGUGAGAGCUUUGCCAUUAAUAUACCAGGAACAGCUUAUUACAAAGGACUUAAGGCUAGACAAGAUUUGAUGGCCUCAUUGGACACCAUAAUUGAUAGGAGAAGAAAGGGAGAUGAAAUGAAAGAUGACUUCAUUCAAUCAAUGGUUUCAAGAGAUGGGCUUCCUCCAGAUGAGAGAUUGAGUGACAUGGAGAUCAAAGAUAAUUGUCUUAUUCUUCUUUUAGCAGGGCAUGCUACAUCAGGAGCAGCUCUCACAUGGGCAAUGAAAUAUUUGGAAGACCACCCUAAAGCAAAAGAAGCACUUAUGGAGGAGUACAAGAAGAUUGAGGAAAGGAAGGAUAAAUCAUCAAGUUCAACUAAUUUGACAUGGGAUGAUAUCAGUGAUAUGCCAUAUACUUUAAAAGUAAUAUUUGAAACUUUAAGAAUGUCAGCCCCAGCACCAUGGAUUUCUCGAGAAGCCAUUCAAGAUACUUCAUUGCAAGGGUUUUUUAUAAAAAAGAAUUGGAACGUAAGCAUUGAUGCCAAUGCACUACAUUAUGAUCCCAAUCUUUUUGAAAAUCCAACAAAAUUCAACCCCUCAAGAUUUGAUGAAACACCAAAACCUUAUUCAUUUGUUGGUUUUGGAGGAGGUUUAAGAACAUGCCUUGGAGUUAAUCUCGCAAAGUUAGAAAUGACCAUUUUCCUUUAUCAUUUGUGUACCAAAUAUAGGUGGAAAAGUGUGAGCAACGAAACUGCCUUAAGUUCAACUUUCAUAAGAGUCUUGAAGAAUGGAUAUUUAAUAGAAGUAGAACCUAAAUGA